UGAUCACAAGUUCCAUCCGCCAUGAAGCUUCGGCAGAGGGAGCCCUCAGGGCAUCAGACCACCCUCCUGAAGCAGCUGCGAGAAUUUUGGACCACAGGAUAUCUAUGUGACGUUGUGUUGCAGAGUUGUGAUGGCAAAGAGCACCGCUGCCACAGAAAUAUUUUGUCAGCAACCAGUUCUGCUCUGAAGGGCCUGCUUUCUGAAUCUUUCAGUGAAGGACAGCAAAUACAACUGGGACAACCAGUCGAAAUAGCUGCUUCUGAUGUUGUUGUUGAUGCAUUACUUGACCACAUCUAUGGUGGAGAGCCUGACAUCUCCGCACCAAAUGCCAUCGAACUCUUGCGGCUUGCUACGGCAUAUGAGCUGCCAAAGCUGGUGACAGAAAUCGAAUCAGAAUUGCGAGCCUCAUUGGACAGCACCAAGGCAUUACAAUUGCUCCAGGAAAUUCAUACCUUGGGAUUGCCAGAUUUGAGGCUUGCUUGUGAAGAAGAGAUAGCUCGUGACUUUGAGAGCUGUGUGCAGCAAGCAACCUUCAAGAGCCUCAGUGCAGCGCAGUUGGCACGCCUUCUAGCAAGAGAAGAUCUAUGGGUCACACGUGAGGAGGUGGUUUUGCAGGGGCUGUUCAACUGGCUCAAAGCCUCCAGCGAACGGAGUAGCAGCUUGGGCAUAUUACUACCACUGAUUGACUUUAGAGCGCUGUCCGCAGCUAAUCUGGAAAGAUUCCGCUUGCUAGCGCAGUCGAUGGGUCAAAACGGCUUCGACUUGCAGCUUGCGGUCGAUGAAGCACGACAGCCGCUAUGGCAAGAGCGUCCAGCUAAGAGGCGAUGCUUGCAGUGUUGGUCACCAGAACUCGGAGCCUUUCCUCGAUGUUUUGAGUAUGGCCAAUGGGUCGCAGGAGAUUGGGAGGAUGAAUUCAACGGACAUGGAAGCUCAGCAAGUUAGAUAAGCAAAGAAGGUUUUUCUUAGAGCCAAGAUGAGGCAUGUUUCUUCUAGGUUUAAUUCAGAACCACCGGGCCACAAGUGAGGAAAAUUGCGCUUUUGCUGGCACAAGGGUGAUAUUUAUCAUAUUGAUAUGGGUGCACUUGUUAGUUGGAAGUCUGAUGGCACAGGGUCUGUUAUGGCAGCACAAGGGUCUUUGAACGGCAGAGGCGUAGCAGCUACCCCACAAGGCGAAAUCCUUGCUGUUGGCGAUGACAGUUUGUUGACCUUCAAGGGCGGUGCAGGAUCGGUAAAGCUUGAGAUCCCAGGCUUGCUAAGCGUUUGCUGCUCGCCCAACGGAAAAAUCUACGUGUUGAACAAGUGCUUCGACGACCAUGGAUGGUUUGAAAGCUGGACAGUGCAGCGAUUGGAAGGAUCUACUCUUGUUCCAAUUCUGGUGAACUCCGAAAGGCCCCAACAGUUCCAACCGCGGAGAAUCUUCGUUUCACAAGACGAGACGCUCUACAUGGUUGGCACGCAAUGUGUUCGCAGUUCUUCCCUCUUUGAUUCGGAUGAUUCAUCAUCCAGCGAUCCAACUCACUGGGUUUUUGGGCGCAUCACUGGUGACGCGAAAACGGUAAUCCUGGGCCGCCUUUUCGGAGACUAUUUUUCCACGGUUUUGUUUGCUACGGAGAGCGGAAAGCUAUAUAUAGCUGCAUUUGAUGAUGAGGAGGAGCGCACUAUCAUUUGGACUGUCAACCCUGGUGAUGAGACUCCCAUGUUGGUGUUGAGAGCUGGCGACUAUGUCCCAGAAGACAUCUUGCUGAUGGACGGAUAUCUCUACCUGCUCACUUCUACUCGACAAGUUUAUAGAUACGCCUUGCCUCUCGCUCCUGAACUGGAGUAAAUAAAUGUUGUAUCACUGAAGUAAUUUGGGUACGAGUAUUUAUAUCAUGAUAUACUUCCCAGUGUUUGCUGAACAGGGCCCAGAGAAUCUUUGGGCCACACAGGAAACGGAAGGGAUUGCUCUGAAUGAGAAUGACAAAGACAGCAUGUGCUGCGAGGAUGGAA